AUGGCAUAUGUGUAUGUGAACGGCUUUAUUUUUCUCGAUACAGCCUGUGAUGUCGAUCAGGGGUGGAAGCUUUUCAUGUCAAAUUGUUACAAGUACUUCAACCAAGUGGAGAGAAACAGGGCCCAAGCUCGAUUACGCUGCCAAGCGCUCAACGGUAACUUGGUAAUGUUUCAGAAUGCCGAUAAACACCAAUUUGUCACCAGCGAUGUCCUUCCUGCUGAUUACAGCCGCGUGUGGAUUGGGCUGAGUCGAGAUCCAGCCAACGAAGAGGUUUGGAAAUGGGAUGAUGGCUCCCUUCUGUCCUUUAACAAGUGGGAGCAUAAUGAACCAAAAAAUAACCAUAAAAACUGUGCUCAGAUGAUGAAUGGGACACACUAUGGAGGAAGGUGGAACAAUGGCUGGCAUGACACUCAUUGUGAUAAUUCCGCGGGAGAUCCCGGUUUUGUUUGCGAAAGGGAGGUAUUCUAA